UAACGCUGCAACUGAGUCUCCUAUUGAAGAGAAGUGAAGUGAGAGCUCAUACUUUCCCGCACCGGCGAAUGUGUCUUUGAAAGGUAGACACCAUGAACUACAUGGGCCAGCUGGCUGGCCAGGUGCUGGUGACAGUGAAGGAGCUGUACAAGGGGAUCAACCAGGCCACGCUCUCCGGCUGCAUCGACGUGGUGGUGGUCCGGCAGCAGGAUGGAAGCUUCCAGUGCUCCCCCUUCCACGUGCGCUUCGGGAAACUGGGCGUGCUCCGCUCCAAGGAGAAAGUGAUUGACAUUGAGAUCAAUGGGGAACCGGUGGAGUUACACAUGAAGCUAGGAGACAAUGGAGAGGCCUUCUUUGUCCAGGAAACAGAGCAGCACAACGAGAUCGUCCCGGCCCACCUCGCCACCUCGCCUAUCCCCACAGAAGAGGUUCUGUCCUGGAGCCGAGAGUCCAAAGCCGGGGGGUCGGGUCUGGAGAACGGGACGCCUCACGUUCCCGAGGACCCCGUCUCAGCCCUGACCCAGCCCAGCAACACCGCCGGUGCCGGGAAGAAGAAGAAGAGGCGCCGGAGGAAGCACAAAGCCGACGCCCGCAAGGAGGAGCACGCCCCCGGAGCUGCCGCCGCAUGGGAGGAGGCCUGUGAGCUCAGCUCCGACGAGGAGCACGCCACACACAACGGCAGGAGUUCCACAGUGAAGGACCCGGCAGAGCUCCGGCAGCAGACCUCCCUCCACCCCCUGGACAGCUACCCCUUCUCUGACGGAGACUGGGCUCACUCUGACAGAGCCCUCUCAGAACUCCAGUCUCCUAAAAGUGACUCAGAGCUCAUGGUGAAGUCGACAGAGAGCAUGCUCAGAUCUGAGUCCCACAUGCAAUGGUCCUGGGGAGAAUUCCCAGAAUCCACCAGGGUCAGCAAGAAAGAGAGAUCAGAUCUUCCGAAGACAGUGACCAUCACCCCAUCCGAGAGCACCCACUUCCGUGUCAUUCUUAGCUCGGAGGCCAUGGAAGCUGGGUUGAAGGACAUGCAGACCUCCGUGGAUCCGGUCUGCACCAUCGUCAAACCAGAACCCCGCACCCCUAAAGCGGACCGGCACAACCCCAACAACAGCUUUCCCAGCCCUGUAUCUGAACCCAACCGGGCCCUCAUCAACCCCUGUGAGCCGGACCUCACAAAACCUGAACCCAACACUACACCUCUCACGACGGAGCCAUGCUCCUCCAAAACAGAUCCCUAUCCCCCCAAGCCGGACGUGUACCCCCCCAAAGCAGAGCCCUCUCCCCCCAAACCUGACCUCAGUGUCCCCAAGUCUGAUGUCUGUCCCCCCAAACUGGAGCGCAGGACCCGUUGGACGUCCUCCCCACCCAGUGUGUCUGCGUCCAGCCGGAGAGACAGUGCCAGUGGGGCUGGGGCUGCUGCGGCCAGUCACAAGGGGACCAGACACCCAGACACCAGACCCUGCUCCAGGGCAGACUCACCCUCCAAGAGAAGAGGAGUGAGGAAGAGGAGCCAGCACCAGGGACCUGAGGACAUCUACCUGGACGACCUGAGCGCACUUGAGCCUGAUGUUGUGGCACGCUACUUCCCAAAGAGCGAGUCCGAGCAGGUUCCUCAGGACUGGGUGGAGGUGGAGAGGCGUUCGGGGUCCCAGUCACCUCAUUCUGUGGGGAGCGCUGCGGCCGACAGUGGGACAGAGUGUCUGUCGGACUCCGCCGGUGACCUGCCCGACGUCACCGUAUCUCUCUGCGGGGGUGUGGGAGAGAACUCUGAGAUCUCCAAAGAGAGAUUCAUGGAGCACAUCAUUACAUAUCAGGAAUUUGCUGAAAAUCCAGCGAUUAUCGACAAUCCCAAUUUAGUAGUUAGAAUCGCCAACCGAUAUUACAACUGGACCUUGGCAGCUCCCUUGAUACUAAGCAUGCAGGCCUUCCAGAAGAACCUGCCCAAGGCGACUGAGGAGGCGUGGGUGAAGGAGAAGAUGCCAAAGAAGUCUGGUCGCUGGUGGUUCUGGAGAAAGAGCAGUGUGAAGCAGUCAGAGACUAAGAUGGAGAGACAGGAGUCCCUUAGCAGAGAGAGCCCUAUUCCUCACCAGGCCCCUGCUACACAGCAGAAAGCAGCCGACUCUUCCAGCGAUGACGAGUCCAAAGAGCUCAGCGCUGUGGCUCCUGUUCCUGCUCCGCCCUCGACCGAGCCUCCAGCUGCAGCCGCUACACACUCCUACAGGAAGUCCCUCCGCCUCUCCUCCAACCAGAUAACCAGUCUGAAGCUGAGGGAGGGUCCGAAUGACGUGACCUUCAGCAUCACCACCCAGUACCAGGGCACCUGCCGCUGUGAGGGCACCAUCUACCUGUGGAGCUGGGACGACAAGGUCAUCAUCUCCGACAUCGACGGGACCAUCACCAAGUCUGAUGUUUUUGGUCAGAUUCUCCCUCAGCUGGGUAAAGACUGGACCCACCCUGGCAUUGCCAGACUCUACCACCUAGUGCACGAGAAUGGCUAUAAGUUCCUAUACUGUUCGGCCCGGGCCAUUGGCAUGGCAGACAUGACCAGAGGGUACCUGCACUGGGUGAAUGACAGGGGCACCAUCCUCCCCAGGGGCCCUCUCAUGCUGUGUCCCAGCAGCCUCUUCUCAGCCUUCCACAGAGAGGUUAUAGAGAAGAAGCCGGAGAAAUUUAAGAUUGAGUGCCUCACGGAUAUUAAGAACCUCUUCCAACCCAACACACAUCCCUUCUACGCUGCUUUUGGGAACAGAACCAAUGACGUGUUUGCUUACAAGCAAGUGGGGGUCCCUGUAUGUAGGAUCUUCACCGUCAACCCUAAAGGAGAGCUCAUCUUGGAGCAAACCAAGGGCAACAAAACCUCGUACAGCCGACUGAGUGAGCUUGUGGAGCAUGUUUUCCCUCUUCGAAGCAAGGAACAGAACGCCAACUUCCUCUUCCCAGAAUUCAGUUCCUUCUGCUUCUGGAGACAGCCAAUCGCAGAGGUCGGUCUUGAGGAGCUGUGAUCCAGAAUGGCACAUUUAUACCUCUAGUGUUAUUUAAAAUGAAGUGAUAGCUAGCUAUGCUGUGGGAAAGCCAUUGUAGUGUAUAUUUUUGAAAACAGCACUUGAAAUCAACAUUGAUAUGUACCAAUAUAUUUUUGUGAUGUUUUUUAAUGGUGUUUUCCAUCAUUGAUUGUACUGCCUUACUACCUGUAUGAACAGUAUAUGUAAUGACAAAAUGUUGCAUAUGCUUUGUGCAAUGCAUAGCAUUCCAAAGGCCCAAUAGGUUUGAGAAUAUUUACUGAUUAGACACCAGUAGAAGCUGUUUAACAGUACCUCUAUUUACAGUAGGUUUACAUCCCCAGGACAGCCUAAAUGACUUGAUGCACUUGAUUGAUGAUGUGCUGCUUACAGUAUGUAGAAAGUCUGCUUUUAAAGGCCUUGCUGUAUAAGUAAAUUAUAGCUUUAACUACAGUAAGAUUUAGCACUGAGAUGCCAGUAGAACUGCCACAUGUUUUAAAUACAGACACUGUAGAUAAUAUGCAUGGAUAAAUAACAUGUGGGCUGACUCAGUAUCAUACAAUAUGGCACUUUGAAGUUGUGUCUCGGAGGCACUUUCUGAUGUAAACUGUAGAUGUUGCUGUUGUUACACACACGAGCAGGCACACAGACAGAACUGACCUUUCUGAUAGAGAUGUGUUCAUAUGCACUUAAAGCACAAUUGUUGGUUUUGACAAUUUCAGGUUUGAUUUUGAAGUUCUUGGUCUGAUUUUCUUUUGUUGUAGGUUCACAAUAACUGAAGUUGUAAAGAUAAUAUGAAGGAAUAUUUUUUGACCCCUGAUUGAGCAUCCUUUUGCUUUUGUAUUUGAUGGUGUUCAAUGUUGUUGCCUCUGUACUGUAAAAUAUUUUGCCGUUCUUUCUAUGAAAGUGACAUUUCGUGUGUUGAGAAGACAUCAGAUCUGUGCUUUAGGUAAAGAAGCAACUGCUUAAGGAGUGAUGUAUUUUCGUCUGAUCACACAGAAUUAAUCAAUUGUUGUCUUCUAUCUGAAAUGCCUUUACUGCUGCUUCAAGUAUUAAAGUUGGAUAAUUCUGGUUGCAAUGUUUUAGAUAAACAUGUACGUUUGGUUUGUCAAUAAUUAAUGAAGUGUAUGUUUGGGAUGAACGUUUGUAUAAAAUAAAUACAAUGAAACAAAUUAUUCCUAAAACAUUAUUCUAAGAUCAUUCAUGGUUAUUGCAACAAAAAUGUUUUUAACUCUGCUGAGUUUUCACAUCCUUUAUCAAAUGUUGCAUAUGGAUAUCUUUAGCAAAGGUAUUCAAAGAACAACUUAUUUUCAACACAGCAGAUCUUAUAAGAUAAUUAAGGAAUCAAGUUACGUAAAAACACAAAGGUAAAACAAUGACAAAACUACACACAAUAAGUACAGUACAUUUCAAAAACAUUUUUCAAAGUUACUGAAUAUAUUAAUACUUCAAUAUAAAGGCUGGAUGUGUUGGUCUUUUCCUUCUAUAAAAGAUAUUAUAAAAGAUAACACAACUUUUAACAGGUAGCUUUAAGCACAACAUACAAAACAAUAUGUAAAUUUAUGAUUCACUACUGUAUAUAUAUUCCCAGAACUCAAAAGGAUAAUGCCAAUCUGAACAACAGUUAGUCUUGUCAUCAUGGCAGGGA